AUGAACCCCUCUGUUGUGGCUGCCCACAAGAGGAUUGGUCUUCUCCAAAGGUUCAACAAGUGGCAAGGGAAAGCCAUGGAGAAGAUGCAAAAGUCCAUGGACAAGAUGGUGAGCAAGAUCAAGAGCUUGGAGAAGAAAGUUUCUGGUUCUCAAGCAAGAAGAAGUCCAAGGCUCCCACUUUCCCUAGGAGUAGGUCACUCCUCACCACCCAAAGAAGGCUCUCCACACAAGAGCCUCACAGAGCCUCUUCUUUCGAGCCAGAGAAGGAGAGGACAACACGCAGAGAAGGAGGAAGACGUCCAAGGCCAGACGCUCCAGCUCGACCACCGGACUCGAUCGAGUCCAAACAGAGGAAACUCAACUCGAUCGAGCUGA